AUGUUGCAGAACCGUCUUAGGACUAUCCAUGGCGGCACCCUCGCUGCCCUUGUUGACCUGGGCGGCUCCCUGGCCGUUGCUUCGACUGGCCGCUUCGCGACGGGCGUGUCUACUGAUCUCAAUGUGACAUACCUCAGUCCAGGUGGCCGAGAGGGUGAUGUACUGACGGGGACUGCCACUUGCGACAAGAUCGGCAGAACCCUUGCAUACACGUCCGUCAUCUUCACCAACAGCAAGGGACAGCUCGCGGCCAGGGGCAGCCACACAAAGUACGUCGCUGCUACUAUGGGGGAGGAUGGCCCGUAUGUUGUCCCGGCAGAGGCCGUGGAGGAGUUGGAGGAUGACGAGACAGGGAAGAGUCGUAAUUGA